UCAGAAGCAACUGCAAAAUAUCUUUCAACGAACGACCAUUUAAAGAUCGGUAAUAGAACAACAAACCAAACAGAAUGGCCUCCGCCGCUCUUUCUGUGAAUGGCGCAAAGGCCUCUCCAUGGGUUACUGCGUGCGGAUUCAAGAAGCAAUGGAAGAAUCAGAGUGCCCGCCUGAAGGAUAUCCGUUGCGAGGCCAGAAGCGGCGGCGGCGGCGGCGGAAGGCGUGGAUCGGCGGUGGCUUCAUGGGCGGGGGAAUAUGAUCUCUAUUCUCUGCUUGGGGUGGAGAGGACGUCGGAGACGGGGGAAAUAAGGAAGGCGUAUCGUGCGUUGCAGAAGAAGUGCCAUCCGGACAUCGCCGGGCCUGUGGGUCACGAUAUGGCCAUUCUCCUCAACCAAGUUUAUUCGGUGCUCUCUGAUCCAGCUUCACGUUAUGCUUAUGAUCGGGAGAGAUCCAAACACCUAGAAUUUCAAGGAUACACGGGCAAACCUAUUUACUCUAGAUGGCUUGGAAAUCAGGCAGAACAACGAGCGGUUUUCGUCGAUGAGGUCAAGUGCAUUGGCUGCUUGAAAUGUGCUCUGCAUGCAAACAAUACAUUUGCUAUUGAAUCAGCUUAUGGCCGUGCAAGAGUAGUCGCACAGUGGGCUGAUUCGGAGGACAAGAUCUUCGAUGCAAUAAAAACCUGUCCGGUGGAUUGCAUAUCGGUUGUGGAGAGGUCAGACCUUGCCGCCCUUGAAUUCCUUAUGUCAAAGCAGCCGCGUGGCUAUGUGAGGAUGACGGGAGGCAACAAUGUAGGGGUACGGGUGGCCAACGUAUUCGAUGAGGUGAAAAAGUUUCAGAGGAAGUUCGAUGAGAUGAACGCUAAAGCAUCAGCCAAAAAUUCACAGGAGUCUGAUCUCCAAAAAAAAUCCAGAACUUCAGUUAUGGAUGCAGUCAGAUCAAUUUCAAACUGGUUGUAUUGGCAAAAGGUCAGCUCAGCAGAAACUCAGCUAAGUCUCACAGACUCUUCAACAAAACCAUCACCACCAAAUGUCAAAAAACUUCAAGAAGCUGCAGCCAAAUUGAAAGCAAGAGCAACAACAGGAUUCGCUAACAGGCCUACAGCAAGCCAUGAUGAUGAAGAAUACUGGACACCAUUGCUUACCCUUCCAACCCAAUCGGCCAGCAGCUUAACUACUUCAUCGGCUUCUGGCAAGCCAGAGCCUCAAAUAGGUUCUACUAUAAAAGAAAAGAACAAUGAAGCUAUUGAUGAGGAAAUAAGCAGGCAAAACAAGACAAACCCUUUGGCUCUUGGAAUUCCAUUAUCAAUGGCAGUAAUAUCAGCGGUUGUUAAUGGAUCCAAAGGCAGAGAUUCAAGCUUCGGCCAUGGCUUGCAAGAACAUAUAGGUGGGUCUUUUGCUUUGGAAAUUGUCAACAGUUUUGAGCUUCAGGUUAUAUUGGCAGGUAUCACUUGGUUUUUUAUUGGUCUGGUUAUUGUUACAGUUAUUGGAUUUUUUGGAGAGAAGGAUGUUUCUAGAAGAUGAAUGAGAUUGGUUCUUAACAGUAUAGAAGCAUAGGGCUUUAGAAUUAUACAGGAACAUUUCAAUAUAUAGUAUGUAUAUAUUUGCAGUUUGGAUUUUAAAUAUAGCUCCAUCAUUUUAUAUGAA